CUACUCCACCAUCAUCCAGUCUGUUCUCUGUUCCUCUAUCACUGUGUGGUCCAGCGUUGUAGUCCGAUAGAACUACAAGUCCCUUGUCUCCCAGCGCAGUGGUCGUCAGGUUGGGGAACGUGCUGGGUUCGGUUUUAAACGCAAAGAGCGAGCGGGAGUGUGUGACAGGACUGGAUUCAAUCAGUACAGCUGUGUUGCGGUGUCCCGAUGGCUACAGAUAUUGUUGAGCAGUUGACCAACUCUCUGGCUAAGACUGGAGUAGUGGAAGUAGAGCUGAGCUACAAAGGCCAGGGAAGAAAGCUCGAUGAUGCCCAAUCAGUGGAGGAGAUGGUUAAGGAGAUCCAGGACUUUGAUGAUUUGCAGGCUCUGAGGUUGGAGGGAAACACUAUAGGGGUGGAGGCAGCAAAGGCCAUCGCCAAGGCCCUAGAAACAAAGAGCAAGUUCAAGCGCUGUUAUUGGAGUGACAUGUUCACCGGGCGCCUGCGCUCUGAGAUCCCACCUGCCUUGAAUGCACUGGGUGACGCUCUGAUGCUGGCCGGUGCCAGGCUCACUGUUUUAGACCUCAGUGACAAUGCCUUUGGACCGGAUGGAGUGAAGGGCAUCGAGAGGUUGCUCAAGAGCACGGCCUGCUACACGCUGCAGGAGUUACGGCUCAACAACUGUGGCAUGGGCAUCGGAGGGGGGAAGAUCUUGGCCGCUUCUUUGAUCCAGUGCCAUAAAAAAUCCAGUGCAGAGGGCGCCCCCCUCGGCCUGAAGGUGUUUGUUGCCGGGAGGAACCGCUUGGAGAACGAUGGAGCCACCGCCCUCGCUCAAGCCUUCCAGUUGAUGGGCAGCCUGGAGGAGGUCAACAUGCCUCAGAAUGGCAUCAAUCACCCUGGUGUGACGGCUCUGGCCAAAGCCAUGCAGCACAACGGCGGUCUCCGCAUCCUCAACCUCAACGACAACACCUUCACUGAGAAGGGGGCUAUCGCCAUGGCUCAGGCGCUCAAACACCUACGCAGCAUCCAGGUGAUAAACUUUGGAGACUGUCUGGUGCGGCCAGCGGGAGCCAUAGCUAUCGCAGAAACAGUAUCAGAGGGACUACCAAUCCUCAAGGAACUCAAUCUGUCAUUUGGCGAGAUCACAGAGGAGGCCGCUCUGGCUGUGGCACAAGCAGUGAAGAACAGAGACCAGCUGGAGAAACUGGAUCUAAAUGGUAACAGUCUAGGAGAGGAUGGCUGCAAAGCUCUGAAAGACACCAUGGAAGCCAUGAACAUUGGCGAUCUUCUAGGAUCGCUCAGUGACGAUGAGGGCGAGCCAGAAGAUGAUGACGACGAGGACGACGAUGAGGAAGAAGACGAAGACGACGAGGAUGUGGAUGAGGAGGAAAUAGAGGAGGAAGAGGAAGAAGAGGAGGAAGAGGAAAGCAAUGACAACAAGAUGUCCACCCCUGCAUCAGCAUCCCGGCCGCCAGACGUCUCCUCCUUCCUCAGCUUUCCGUCUCCAGACAAACUGCUCAAGCUGGGGGCCAAGAGAGCGAUGCUGAUCGAGCAGCAGGUGGAUGUGUCAGAUGCUACAAAAACAGCUGAAGCCUUCCUCAAGAUUGCAUCUGUGUACAAGGAGGACAAUAAUGAUGUUAAGAACGCCGUGUUGGACAGCAUAGAUGCCCUUCUGAAGAAAGCUUUUGCCACUCCGUCUUUCCAAGGCUACAACUUUGUGUCAUCUUUGUUGGUGCUGCUUGGACUUCUCAAGAGUGAGGACAAGGUGAAGCCUGUGCUCGUGGUCCCCGGCCACCUCCACGCCUUGGAGCACGUCGUUAGACAGGACUACUUCCCCAAAGACAACGUGGCCGUGCUGCAGGCCUUCCUGUCCCGAAACAACAAGGCUCUGGAGUCAUGUGGCAAUGCCAGAAACAGCCUCCAGUCAACACUGCAGAGGGUCAGAUCUGAGGGCUGAGGACUGUGGAUACACACACACACACACUGACUGAACUUUGACUGAUCACUGAUGGACCUUUGGAAACCAGCACACAUGAGCUCAAAAAAUAAGCUAAUAUAGCUGAGCAGCACUGGAGAAGAACAGACUCGCCACUCUCCUUCACAGGUUCAGCAACAACCCUCUUACUGGACUCGGCUUUGUGUUUUGAAGUAGACGAUGCUCUUAUGGUGUGGAGUAACUGAAGUGCUUUGUGUACACUCGUAUAACCACAGAACAGCACUGACAACUUCUUCGUAUUCUUGAUCUCUGUAUUCUGGUGAAUCAGACCUUAUUCCCCUCAUGAAUUAAGAUGUGUGUGUCCUGGUUAGACACCUGACUGACCGACGCACAGAUUACACUUUGGUGCAAACUAGAACAGCUCUGACCAGAAACAAUCUGGGCUCAACGUUUCAGCUUUUGCACAUUUUAUUUAAUAUUUCAUAUAUGCCUUUUACUAUUCUGUUUUUAUAUUCAAUGUUUAUUGAAUUUCAUAAUAUGGUCAAACAUUGCCGUUAUUAAAAUAUCUAUUGAUGAUAAAUAUGAUGAAAUUAAGACUGUAAAGUACAAUAGAACAAUCAAUAGGGAUGAAAUAUGUUUAAAUGUAUUUCCUGCCUUUAAAUGGGGCACAAGGUGCAACGUUUGGGGAUUUGUGUUGCAAAAUAAAGCUGGUUUGAGUGUU